AAGAAGAAGAACAUUAGAGUUUUCCUGUCAGUUACCAUAUCCAAUAGUAAUCCACAAGAUAAAUGUCGAACGAAAUGGCUGUGAUUGGUGCUGAAUAAGAAAUGUGUGAACUAGCGUUCCACAAGCAUUCUGGAUUUGAGCUUGAUACACACAUGCUGAGAAUAUGACUUGCUCAGAGGAAGCAAAGGCACAAUUUGCAGAGAUAGAACUGCUAUUAAGUAUGUUUCCGAGUGAAGAAGAGUUACAAGUGGAUGAGCUUUCACAUGCAGAGCUCAGAGCUUAUGUGGAGGGCACAGCUCAUAAUCCCCCCAGCAUCAGACCCCAAUUCACCAUCAAGCUGAAGAUGGAGAACCCUGCUGUGAGCAUUACAUUGCUGUGCACCUACCCAACUGACUACCCAAAAGUGUUGCCAGAUAUUGCUGUCAGAUGUUCAGUGCUCACUAGAUCACAGCAGAUGAUGCUUCACUCCAACCUCAACACCUCCCUUUCUGAAAACUGCAGUGGUGAUGUGUGUAUUCUUUCUGCUGUGCAGUGGAUCAAUGACAAUGCACAAGCAUAUAUCACAAAAAGUGUACCUGUCAGCGAUCCCAAGAAGGAAGAAGUUUUGAUGCAGUCAAAAGAGAUUUUCACUAGACUUUGGAUCUAUAGCCAUCACAUCUACAAUAAGAUCAAGAGGAAGAACAUUCUGGAAUGGGCAAAGGAGCUGAACCUUUCUGGGUUCAGUAUGCCAGGAAAGCCUGGUAUUGUGUGUGUGGAGGGUCUGCAGUCUGCUUGCAAUGAGUUCUGGGCCAGGGUGAAAGUUUUAACAUGGAAGAGAAUUAUGAUUCGUCACAGAGAGGAUGUCCCUUUGGACAACUGGACAGAGGAGAGAACUGACUCUCUCCGCAAGUUCACUGGCUUUCAUGAAGCAAUUUUUGACACUCACGGGACCAGAGGAAACCACAUGGACCUUGGACAGCUCUAUCAGUUCCUUAGUGACAAAGGAUGUUCUAAUAUCUUUCAAAUGUACUUUGGGAUUGAGGGGAGAUAACAGUUUGUGUGCAUUAUAACAGUUUUGUGUGUGCAUUAUUUCCUUUUUUUUGCCUUAACUUUAGACUUAAUUUUGACAACAUUAAACCUUUGUUAUAUCACACUCUCAGAAAAAAAAGGUACAAUUUUGUACCAAAGAAAGUACAAACCCUUGUCACUGUGGCAGUACCUUUUAAGGGCACAGAAUUGUACCUUAAUAUAAAGGAAAAUAUUUGUACCAUUCCAAUAUGUACCUUAAAGGACAUGAUUUGUACCAUGGGGAACCAAAAUGUACCUUUUCAUUUUAAAAACUUGUUGAUACAAUAUUGUACAUUCAUCAAAGGUACAAAUCUUGUCCUUUAAGGUACCGCCCAUUUGUUCCUUAACUGUGGCAAAUAUGUUCCUUCAAGAACUAUUAAAGGCAAUUUUCGUAUUGAAUAACAUGCACAUUCAACAACUGAAACCAAAAGAUAUUUUAAUAUCAGUAACUGCAAAUACAUAUCAAAUAGACAUAAGUGGUUGAACAGUAAAAUAUU